UUACGUGUGUCUAUCCACCCAUCAGAGCAAUUAUAGCGCGGCGCAUAUUCUCAAGAAACGCCUGAGCCUGCAGCAGCAUGCCCGUGAUGAGGCUGAGAAACAAUUUCAGUAUUGUCCGGGGCAUGACUUCUUUUUUUCUUCUUCUUCUCCCGCAUACAGACGGUUCAGCAACUCUGAUUGGGACUGAUGUGCCGUGUUUUUAGGGGAGGAGGGGUUGGUGGUCGUAUAGACGGGCUGGAGCUGAGCUCUCCAAAAGACAGUCAACCCUCCCCACGCUGUCAGCACCAGAGGAGCGAAGCGCACCGAUCAGCCAGUGGGAGCGGUUUUUGUCCUCGUUGCUUUAGCUUUUUAUUUUUUGUCUCUUUUCUUUUUUUUUUUUCGUGAAUGGGUAUUUAAAGUUUGAGAUCCAUGCGCGCGUUUAUUUCCCUCUCUUCUGAUAGAGCAUGAGCGCUCCUGCGCUUCAGACAGAUUUGACCUGAGCUCACACACACAGGAGAGGACGCGAAAUGGAGGCUGUCACCAUCCACGAAAUGCUGAUCAAUUCCACGGAUCUGAUCAAGAUCUUGUGCAACUUCGGGGUCGGGAAUAUUUCGGACUGCAAACGCGAGAAGGCUUCAGAACCUCCAGAUUUCAACGAGGCCGUCCGGAUCACCCUGUACGUCAUCAUCUUCCUCCUCAGCGUGGUGGGCAACGGCCUCAUCAUCACCGUGCUGCUGAGGAACCCGUGCAUGAGGACCGUCACCAACCUGUUCCUGCUGUCCCUGGCGCUGAGCGACCUCAUGGUCUCAGUGGUGUGCCUCCCGUUCACCAUCAUCCCCAACAUCAUGAAGGACUUCAUCUUCGGCACUGGCAUGUGCAAGAUGGUCAUGUACUUCAUGGGUGUAGAAGCAGACUCUGAAGAUGUUUCAGGAAGUCCAUGUUCUAGCUGCUGUAUGCUGAGGUGCAGUAUCCGCUCUGAAACUGAUAUUGUUUUGUUCACAUUCUCCUCCGUACCAGAACGACAAACCAGAACUGGCAGUAUCAAACCGGAGGACAGUGACGGCUGCUACUUGCAAGCAUCCAAAAAGAAGAGUUUACAGCUGAAAACGAGCAGCCCUGCCGAGGCUGGCAGCAAGCCAGCGGUGGGGCGGGUGUGCGGCAGCAACAACUCUCGAAAACAACUGAAGAGCAAAAAACGGGUGGUCCGCAUGCUCAUGGUCAUCGUCUUUCUCUUCUUCCUUUGCUGGACUCCCCUCUACGUGGUCAACACGUGCAAGGCGUUCUACCAGCACUCUGCCAACCGCCUGACGGGGGCUCCCAUCUCUUUCAUCCACCUGCUGUCCUACAUCUCAGCCUGUGUCAACCCGAUCAUCUACUGCUUUAUGAACAAGCGCUUCCGUACGCGCAUGAUAGCCACCUUCGCCUGCUGCGGCUGCUUUAAGAUGAACUACCAGAGCAGCGUCUCUUCUGUGAGGUCCACCAGAAGCAUAAUAAUGUCUAAAGGGGAGACGGGUAAGCCGAGUGCAAAGGCAAAGUCUCAUCAGCAAAAUGGUCAUACUUCUCCAAGUGCGACCAUAACACGCGUUAGCUCUCUGUCCAGAAGCCAAGAGUGAGCGGACACGACUUUGUGCUGCUUUGAGUGAAAACACAUGAUGUGUGUUGUUUAUUGUAAAGCUUUCACAGUGCUUGCAGGACUAGCUUAUGACCGUACCUUUAAUUUUAAGUUUGCUGUAACAUGACAGUGGUACGUAGUACGAUGACUGCUCGGUGCAGUCCUGCCCCGGCAGAUGUUUCCCUGAAACCUUCAGAGUCCAGAGUACUGAUGAUGCUCAGUCAGCUUCAGGGACCACACAAGUGUGCCGUAAAGUGCUCCGGUGCAGCAACAAACACGUCGGUGUCCCAGUUCAACAUACGAGUACGUCCACAUAUUUCAGAAGCAUCACAAGCGAUGGUGCAGUCACCACCAUGCUGCUAAAAUACAAACGUGUAUAUAUUCAUGAAGAAAUACACAUUUUUCUGUAUCUUUAAAUAAAGUCUGAUGUGUAAUGUAUAGACUACCAGAAAAAAAAAGUCGACAGGUAUUUUUUUUCAAUACAAAAAAAAAAAAAAUUCCAAACAGAUACUGUUAAUACUCAGAUUUUUUUUUCUGUGUAGUUGUGAAUUAAGAUUUUAUGGAAACGAUAAAGUAGCCAACUUCCAACAAGCCCACGCUUGGUUGCAAGUAUAUGUGGGUUCUUUUUGUACUCGCAAGUCGAAUUUCAACAAUUUGUAUUUGUUUAAACACAUAGAAAGGGAAAUAACUAAAUUAUUAGCAUGUAUCGCUAAAGGUAGUUGGCGCCAAAAGUCUUCCAACUAGAAAGCGCUCAGAUCGGAUGUGUGUGACGUCGCUUCCACCUCUGAGUUUCAACUUCCCAGACAAAUCAAACGCAGCAUACGGCUAAGCUUUGUCCUGACCUUGUUGAUAAUGUAUUCUUAAUUUUCUGUCUGUGCUGAAAGGGAUAAUUACAUUGAGGAAAUUGUGAAAAGUGUGACAUAAAAAAAAAUUAGCUGCUGAUAUUUUGGGCCAAAUCACAGAUUUAUGUUAAUCUUUUGCAUUUAACUUUUUGUUGAUGUCAGCGUUAAUGUCCUUGAUCCAACCCAUUUAGUACUUUUAAGCAUUUUUUACACUGUUUUGUACUUUACUAUGUAUUAUGGCAUUUAAAAAAAAAACAAAAAAAAAACACUUGUUGGCCAGGUCUAAAUGUGAAAAAAAAAUGAAGGACAUUUUGUAUAACUUCCAAUAUUGUUAUGUCUUUGAAAUAUGUGUUGCUUUUGAUACACCCCUGUUAGGAAACGUUAACGUGUACUUGGAGAUUGGUGAGGUGGAGUUCAGUGUUCUGCUGAGUCACGACAGGUUACAUAACUUUUUCAUGACAUCACCUUCUCGUUUUGUUUAUUUCUAAAAGUUGUUAGCUUGUAAUUUGCACAGCACUUAACAAGGAGUAAAAGAGCGGGAAAGUCCCAAGGCUCAAAAGCAACAAAUAAUCCUAGCGCUUCUGAAAAUUACAAUUAUUAAAGUGUUAUUUUAAGUUAAAUAACCCUUAAGUUACUUUUAAAUUAUAUUUUGGUUGAUAUUAUAUGAAAAAUAUUACUUUUACUCCUAUUAGCAUGCCUUGGCUAAACGGAGCUAAGCUAAAGUUAGCUUUCUUCUUCAUUUAGCUAAAAAAAAAUAAUCCAGUGUGUCUUUUUCCACCUCAGUCAGUGACAGUAUUGAGGUAAAUGCUCAAAUUUGGACUUAUUAAAAAAAAACAACAACAUUAAUGCCAAGACACUAAAGUUCACAAACCAGCAGUGGUAUUUCCCAUUUUAUUUAUUAUUGAAUAUGCUGUUUAUCAGAUCCUAAUUUUGCUAAACUGCCCUCCCAUUGCUCAACCUUUGCAGAAACCACCUGCUUCCCUGAUACGUAAUCCCAACCUUUGGUUUUAUACUGAAAUACCGCCACUGUGCAGAUAACGGACAUCCUUGACCCUCUCUGUGUACAUGUACCGAAGGGAUGGGGGAACUGGAGAGGUCUUAUCAUAUUGUGGGACACGCAACACCUGCGGGGAGUACUGUUAAAUAUAGCAGCAUCGAUGUAGCAAUUUAGCUUUUUACGUGUAAAAUCCUAUGUGAAGAAUCCAACGUUUGUGUGUCAUUUCUGCCAGUUACGCUGUAAAAUGUUGACUCAGAAGUAUUUUUGCCCUCAUUUGGUAAUAAGGUUUGUUUCAGGCAAAUGAUUGAAUGUAAAAAAUGUGAUCAUGGCUUAUUUGUUGUGGUGAAAUUAAAACUUAAAGCCCUCGUA